CAGACUCCUUUGGGGGUGCGCCCAGGCUCGCUGCCCACUACGCUAGUGCCCUGAGCGAGGAGGACGAAGAGGAGGAGGAGGCGGCGCUGGCGUUCCGCGCACUGUGCCAGGCCCAGCAGGAGCAGGAGGAGGCAGAGGCGGAGGAGGGGUCUGGCGGAGGAGGGGUGCGGCGCCCGGGGGGCCCUCCUUGCCAACACUGUGGGCUCUCCCCUUCGGGGCCGGGUCCCUGCUGCCCCUCAGCGGACCUACGCAGCGGUGGGGGGGAGGGGGCGCUGCUGCUACCGGGGGGCCGGGUCGUCUUCUCCUGCCAGCUGUGCCCCUUCGCCUCACACUACUCCAGCCACCUGAAGCGGCACAUGAAGACCCACAAUGGAGAGAAGCCCUUCCGUUGCCCGCACUGCCCCUACGCCUCGGCCCAGCUGGUCAACCUGACUCGGCACCUGCGCACCCACACCGGGGAGAAGCCCUACCGCUGCCCCUCCUGCCCCUUUGCCUGCAGCAGCCUCGGCAACCUCAAGCGCCACCAGCGCGUCCACGGCGGGCAGGAGACACGCGGGCCCCUGCGCUGCACCGUCUGCAACUGCCGAUGCCUCCAGGGCGGGACCCUCCCGGCCACCGGCAUUCUGGCCGCCCCAGGACAAGGGCAGGGGGCCGGCGGAGAGGGGGCACCCCUCGCGGAGCAGCAGGAAACAGAGCCCUCGCUGCUGCCACCCCCGCAGCCCCCGGUGCUGCCCCAGCCGCUGCCCCAGGUGCUGCUGCCCGGCUCGGCCGUCUUCCUGCGCCCGGAGGAUGCUGCGGCGGCCGCGGCGGUGCUGCCGGAGCUGCUCUUCCCGUUCACGUGCCGCAUGUGCGGCCUGGCGCUGGAGGCGGACGACGGCCUGGUGGGGCCGGUGUGCGGGCGCUGCAGCCUGGCGGUGCUGGGGGCCUCGGAGCCGGGCUCCCCGCCGGCCAGCAAGGGCUUCUCCUGCCAGCUGUGCCCCUUUGUGACCACCUACCCCAACCACCUGGCGCGGCACAUGAAGACGCACAGCGGGGAGAAGCCCUUUGCCUGCGCCCUCUGCCCGUACGCCUCGGCCCACCUGGACAACCUCAAGCGCCACCAGCGGGUCCACACCGGGGAGAAGCCCUACAAGUGCCCGCUCUGCCCUUACGCCUGCGGGAACCUGGCCAACCUCAAGCGCCACGGCCGCAUCCACUCGGGGGACAAGCCCUUCCGCUGCCGCCUCUGCGCCUACUCCUGCAACCAGAGCAUGAACCUCAAGCGCCACAUGCUGCGCCACACCGGCGAGAAGCCCUUCCAGUGCCGCAUCUGCCCCUACACCACCGGGCACUGGGACAACUACAAGCGGCACCAGAAGGUGCACGGACAGGGCGGGCCCCCCGAGGAGCGGCCCCGAGCAGACCGCAGCCGGCCCUGACCGCCCUGGGGCCCCGACUCCGCCAGGGACCGAGACCUUUUGGGGGGGGAGGCAGGAGAGCGGGCCGGACUUCAGGGGAAGGGGCGGCUCCUUUGCGGACACUCUCCUGCCUCCUCCCCCGUCCUUAACUGUGGUUGCUGCUUGGGUCUGUGUAAUUUAUAUGGUGUACUCAUGCAUUAAACUGUUUUCUUAUCUUGCUUUA